GAACGUGGUCUAAGAGAAUACAUAGGCCAGUAUCCUGGUACAUAUGGUACAAUGUAUAUACAGUGGCUUUGCUUUUUAGAGAAGAUGUCAGACAUAAUGCCAAAAGCCCUGGCAGAUCUGGGUGUGUAACAGUGUGAAGCAGAAAGCAUGAAGUUAGCAUGGAGAUGAAAAUCUAAUGGUUUGUGGUCUACUGCAGGAACUGUACUGCUGUGUGUGACCAGAGAAAAUGGGGCAGGGCUUGAUUCUAACUUGAUAACCCUGCAGUGUGCUGUAUUCACAGAGGAAUGCCUUUCUGUUUCUACAAGUGACAUCUCAACAAACACAGCAAAAGAAAGAAAAAGGAAGAAAAGGCUAGAAAAAAGAAAGAAAACAUGGAUUAGAGUGACACUGGGCAUUGGGGCAAAUCAACUAAUAUAGGCAAAAAAUAGAUACAGUGGGCAUCAUGACCUCCAACCAACACAGACCAAAAACCCCCUUGAGCCUCCGCUCAAACACAACGGUAGGUUAUGGCUCCAUGAACUCAGAGCAACCAGAUAGUGAUGCAUCCCCCAUGCAAACAACCGUCAUCUCUCAGAAACGCUCCUACAUCGCAGUGGGAGUGCUCUGCUAUAUUAAUCUCCUCAACUAUAUGGACCGUUAUACUAUAGCAGGUGUGCUGCUUAGCAUCCAGAAUUACUUUGGAAUCUCUGACAGCACAUCUGGCCUCCUACAGACAGUUUUUAUCUGUAGUUUUAUGUUCUUGGCGCCAGUUUUUGGUUACCUCGGAGAUCGCUAUGACAGGAAGCUUAUCAUGAUCGCUGGGCUGAUUGUGUGGAUCGUCACAACAUUAGGCAGCUCUUUUGUCCAAAAAACGCACUUCUGGGUUCUGGUGCUGACAAGGGCCUUGGUUGGGACAGGAGAAGCUAGUUACUCCACCAUAGCUCCUACUAUCAUUGGUGACUUGUUCACUGGCACCAAGAGAACACUCAUGAUCUCCUUCUUCUACAUCUUCAUACCAGUCGGAAGUGGUCUUGGAUAUAUUUUGGGGGCAACUAUAGCUAAUGCAACAGGGGAUUGGCGCUGGGCCCUGAGGGUCAAUCCAGUGCUGGGAGGGCUGGGUCUGCUACUUCUGGUGUUUCUGAUUCCUAAUCCUCCUCGUGGAGCCUCAGACAACCAAAGUGGAGCAACCAUGGAAAGCACCUCUUAUACUGAGGACGUCAAGUACCUCCUGAAGAAUCGGAGUUUUGUCUGGUCUUCUCUUGGUGUGACUGCUAUGGCUUUUGUCACAGGGGCUCUGGCCUUCUGGACCCCCACCUUCCUCUCUCGUGCACAGGUUAUGCAGGGUCUCAGUCCACCAUGCAAAGAAGAGCCCUGUAAACCUUUAGACAGUUACAUCUUUGGAGCUAUCACAGUGGUGACAGGGAUUGUUGGAGUGUUUCUGGGCACCUGCAUAUCAAAGCAGCUGAGAGACAGAGUGCCCAACGCGGACCCUCUCAUCUGUGCUGUAGGCAUGCUCAGUUCCUCCCCCUGCUUUUUUAUUGCCAUCAUCCUGGCGGCCACCAGCAUCCCAGCCACAUACACAUUCAUUGCUAUUGGAGAGACUUUGCUGUCCCUCAACUGGGCUAUUCUGGCAGACAUUCUGCUGUAUGUUGUUGUGCCAACUAGAAGAGCAACAGCUGAGGCCUUACAGAUUAUGGUCUGUCAUCUCCUUGGAGAUGCAGGAAGUCCAUACCUCAUUGGUGUGAUCUCAGAUGCUUUGAAUAAGUACAGUCCAGAAUCUUACAGCUGGGAUUUCCGUAGACUGGAAUAUAGCAUUCUUCUGUGUCCAUUCAUUGGGGUCCUGGGAGGCCUGUUUUUCCUAAUAACCUCUCUUUAUAUCAAAGAGGACAGGAAAGCAGCAGAACUGCUGGCUUCAGGACAAGCUCCUGAACCACCAGAGACAUCCACAGUCAGUGUGACCUUUUAAACACCAAGCAAGACCUUGGAUGAGCUUUGCUGCAUGAAGCAGACACUUGUGACUGUGUAUGUGAAUCCAUGAAAUGAGACAGAUUUUAGAAUCUUUGAUUAUACGAUAAACAUGUACAAGUUUACAGCACAAGUACUGUACUGCAAACUUACUAGGAAAAAAAUUAAUAAAAAAUAUUUCAGGCAUUGCAUUUUUAAACAUUUUUGUAAUUGUAAUGCCUUACACUUGUGACUUAUCAUUGUCUUGCUUACACAUUUUCCUUAUGGGAAAAUAAACUGCCUGCAAUAAUUUAUUAGAUAUAGUUUUGUAAUCUUUACCCAUUUAUGUUUAACAAAAUGUUGUCAGACAAAGCUUGGCAUACCAUGUAGUUGUCAUUAGAAGCUUUCUUCCUGCUUUUUUCUGUUGGCAGCUGUGUGGUACUAAUGAGAGCCUCAGGGGAACAAGGGGGAGAACAUCCCCUUCUGGGCUAAAUCUGAAAGCUUGAAAUACUGUAUGUACCAGAUUAGUCCUACAGUGUAUGGACAGAGACUUGAAAUGUGUGGCUAUUUAAAUGUCAUCAUUAUUUUUAUUGUACUGUUGAUCUUUACCCUUUUUUGUACAAAAAGGUUUUAAAUAAAUGCAUAUGCUUUUUA